AUGAUUUCUGUUAAACAUCCUAAAAUUAGCAUCUUAGGUGCUAGUGACAUUGGAUGCACCUUAGCCCAUAUGAUAUGUGAAAAGAAUUUGGGUGAUGUGGUUUUACACGAUUUUAGAAAAGAUCUAUCAAAAGGACGAGCCCUAGAUAUUUUACACACAAGGCCUAUAAAUAGAUCAAAAAUAAAUAUAUUAGGAACAAGUGAUAUUACUGAUAUUAAAGAUUCAUUGGUUGUAGUAGUAACGAUAGAAGUAUCUGAACGAGAGUUCGCAGAGUUUGAUGAAGAAGAUAUAGAAAAACAAGUAUAUACUUCCAAUGUAAAAUUAUUAAAAGAUGUUUCAAAAGCAAUUAAAAAACAUUGUCCUCAUGCAUUUGUAGUAGUUACUACUAACCCAGUUGAUUGCAUGGCUAAAGUUUUACAAGAUUAUGCAAACAUACCAUCUCAUAAAAUAUGUGGUAUGGCUGGGGUAUUACAUAGUGCAAGGCUAAGACAUAAUUUAGCAGAAAAAUUGAGAGUAAAUCCUGGUGAUGUUCAAGGAUUUGUAAUUGGAGCACACGGAGAUAAAAUGGUCCCAUUACCACGAUAUUGUUGUGUUAAUGGAAUUCCAUUAUGUGAUUUUACAAAAAAAGGGGCAAUUACCGAAAAAGAAAUAAGUAAGAUUGUCGAGAAGACAAAAAACACAAGUCUAGAACUAUUAGAUUUAAUACCUGAAGGAUCAGUAUGUUUUGCUCCUUCUUUAGCUAUUGUUGAAAUUAUUGAAGCCUAUUUAAAAGAUUUAAAAAGAGUUCUUGUAUGCUCAAUUCACCUUAACGGUCAAUAUGGCCACAAGGGCGUUUUCGCAGGUGUCCCUGUUGUCAUUGGAGGAAAGGGAAUUGAAAAAAUUAUAGAGCUCGAUUUAAAUACACAAGAAAAGGAGCUUUUUGAUGACUCAUUAAAACAUAUUAGCUAUCUAUUCGAUAAUUAUAAGCAUGAAUCCACUGCAGAGGAAGAAUCAAAACCACAAUAA